AUGAAAAUAUCGACUGCGAAAGUCAAGGAAACACUUAUGGAAAAGUUGGCUUUGGGUGCCCCGUUUCUGAACCAGUCAGUGACGAAUAAGCUCACUUCUUCGCUUGCAAUGUUUGCAUUAUGCUCGAUGCCCGAUAUUUGGCCAGAGCCGAUACAUGAUUUAGCGACAACAUGGAGCGAUCAGCCAGAAUUGUUGCUGAGGUAA